CACGCUGUAUACAAGAGAAUAUCAAACGUUCACCUAACCGGCUUGAUUGUUUACUGCCAUCCAGCCAUUCGGCAGUUUCCGAACUUCAAAUAAAACAUUGCAGUAAUGUAAUAGCUUUUUCAUAGCCGUUUUAAUAUUCAUUUAAUGUACUCCGAUCGGGGCAAUGCAACCCACGUGUGGUUAACGCAGCCAUGUUGUUGAUCGUCAUCCUGUGUUGGUACGGAGUGGGUGUUGUCCUGGCGGCCACCACAGUCAGGGGUCCAGAGACUACUCUGCAGGAGGUAUUCCACGACGACUUUGUCGGAAUCAAGCUGAACACCAGCCGAUGGAACGCGGCCGACACCAAGUCCUACGUUAACGAGGAACUGGAGUAUUACCGACCAGACAAUGUCCGUGUUAGCAACGGGAGCCUGCGCCUUGUUAGUAGGCGGGAGGAGUUCGGCGGCUGCCGCUACACUUCGGGGAGGGUGGAUACCGCGGGCAAGUUCAGCUUCCUACGCGGCGAGGUUGAGUGGCGUGCCCGAAUCCCAGCAGGGCGCGGCGUGUGGUCGGUACUGUGGCUGGAGCACCCCCUGUGCGCCCCCGCAGUUCAGUGCCAUGAUCACUGGCCACCAGCCAUCACUGUCAUGGACGUCCGCGGCGAUGAGCCCAAUAUCGUCGCAACUACGGUUUUCUACUGGAACGGCACCCAGGUCCUCUGGCCCGGGAAGCCGACGGACAUGAAGCAGAACCUGUCCAAGGACUUCCACCUAUAUAAAUUAAUCUGGACGGAAGAGGCGCUGCUGUGGUUCGUCGACGGGGUGCUAGUCUUCACCGUGGUGGGCGCCGAGAAGGUACCCACGGAGGCGUUGCAAGUGGUAAUGAAUGUGGCCAUUGGAGGCACCUUCCCUGGCAGCCCCGACAAUAACACCCCCUUCCCCACCGAGUUCCUAAUCGACUACGUGGUGGUGCGCCAGGGCCAUAUCGACGUGUCCCGUUGGGUCAACGUCUCCAGUGGGAACCGAGAGCCAGCUUCGGGAGCGCCGGUGUUGGCCAUCGUUCUUGGGAGUCUGGCGGGAGUCCUGGGAAUUAGCAUCGUCGGCAUUCUUUUCGGUUUCCUGUAUCGGAAAUACCGACUGCGGAUUGGCGACAUGCGUAAAGGCUCGGCCACCAACACCGACUCCACUCUCUUGACUACCCGCUCGCCUUACUUGACGUAUCUUAUUGACUCGGGCCAAGAUCGUGUAGAUUCAGCCAUCCAGCAUUACGUUGACUUGCUAGAGAUUCCAUUGGCCAACAUCGAGAUGGGGGCCGUACUGGGAAUGGGAGAGUACGGCAUCGUCCGCAAGGGCGUGGCCACCGGUCUGCGGGGUCAGCCGAUGCCUACCGCGGUGGCAGUUAAGAUGGUGCGUGACCGGACUGAUGUGGAGCAAAACCGGCAAAUUAUCCAGGAAAUGAAGAUCAUGACCCGCGCUGGCCGCCAUCUCAAUAUCAUCAACCUCCUUGGGGCGGUCUUCAAAGGCGAAGCGUACCUGCUGCUGGAAUAUUCGAGGCACGGAUCUCUGCUCACGUAUCUCCGCUGCCACCACGGUGCAUAUUUCUAUAAUCAGACGGACACUGACGGCCAGAUGCAAGUCUACAGCGCAGCGGAAGUCAGCCGCCUGCAGCAGGCAGCCAACCAGACCCCGCCGACGGCUGCCCAGAACGAGGAGUUCGACCGGAAAGUAAUGUCGACCCGGGAUCUAAUUAGCUUCGCCUUUCAAGUCAGCCGCGGCAUGACCUACCUUAACAGCCGCUCCAUUAUCCACCGCGAUCUGGCCGCCCGCAACGUUCUGGUCUGCCACAACGAUGUGGUCAAAAUUGCUGAUUUCGGGAUGGCACGACAACUGUCGGAGUACGUUCUCCUCAACGAACAGGUGGCGCUGCCGGUGCGCUGGAUGGCACCCGAGUCCAUUCGGCAGCGGACGUUUUCGCAAAAGUCGGAUGUAUGGUCUUUCGGCGUGCUGAUGUGGGAACUCUUCAGUCUUGGCGAGACGCCUUACGGUAGCUCCGCUCUGGGCAUUGGCUACGUCACGGAAUUUCUUGCCAGGCUGUUGCAGGGCGUCCACAUGGAGCGGUCUCCGGCCUGCCCCUCCGUAAUAUAUGACAUUAUGGUGCAAUGCUGGCGCCCACAGCCGGACGACCGACCGGUUUUCAGCCAUUUGGAGCAGCAGCUGACCGGAGUGGCGGGACGAGACUAUGUCCUGAAUUAUCUCGCCCUGGACGAGCCCUACCAGCAGUUUAACGUGGCGCACCAGGAUCUUCUCGAUGAGAUUGUCGACGAAUCGCGGUAUGAAAACACGGAGACGGAGCUUCCGACUUGGGCAGCAGUGCCCCCGAGUCCAGCCGGUCACCAACCAGACUAAAGCCAGACUGGUCGUUUCAUUACCGUGCAUAACCUUCGUUUGCUGUCUGAUCGUGCCGGCCCGGCGGUCAAUGCCAGCUUCAGCCGUUUCCUGAAAGCCUUAUUUAUUUCUGUCGGGUCACUGUUAUUUACCGGUGUUUAUACUUUAUUCCUUUGAGUGCCUUAAUUGAGUAAUCGAUCGGCAUAAAGAUGAUUUGGAAUAUUGCGGAGUGGACCCAUAGUUUCCCCCUGGCAUAUUACGGGAAACUGAAUCUCUUCCCGUACUCAGGAUUCACGUUUAAAUUGACUUACGUCUUAGCUUGAGGUGGUUUUUUCAAAAGUCACUGACUGUAGUCGGUUGGGGAAUUAAAGGAGAA